AGAACACGGAAAUGACGUAAUCGUAGCCCUGAUCACAAUCUUGUCAACAAAACGACAAUGUUGUGCUUCUUGUAGUAUUUUGUAAGUUUUCUCGCCAUUUGUGGUUCUAAUGAUAUUCUUACAUGUAAUUGCUGUAAAUAUUAGCUGGAAAAUUAAUUGGAGCUUCUUUAUUCUCCCGGAAGACCCUUAUCACUAGCAGGAGUGCUAGCUUAAGACACGUAGAUGACCUGCACUUGGGAUAAAGUGUUGGGAGAUGCUCGGACAUUGCUGGAGAGGCUAAAGGAGCACGACAUGGCCGCCGAGGGACUCAUCGAGCAGUCGGGGGCCCUCAGUCAGAGGGUGCAGAGCCUGAAGGAGGUGGGGAAUGCUCUCCCAGACCAGCAUGCAGAGGACUCUUCUGAGCUCCAGGACAUGACGACGUACAAGCCUCACGUUCUUCUCACGCAGGAAAACACUCAAAUCAAGGAACUUCAGCAGGAAAACAAAGAGCUGUGGCUGUCCCUGGAGGAGCACCAGUACACGUUAGAGUUGAUCAUGGGCCGCUACCGGAAACAGAUGCUGCAGCUGAUGAUGGCCAAGAAGGAGCUGGACACCAAACCUGUCCUGUCCCUCCACGAGGACCACGCCAAGGAAGUGCAGAGCCAGAUGGAGCGGAUAUGUGAGAUGGGCCAGGUGAUGCGACAAGCCGUGCAGGUGGAUGAUCAGCGCUAUUGCUCCAAUCGACAAAAGCUCGCCCAACUUGAGAUGGAGAACAGAGAGCUGCGAGACCUUCUGACCAUCAGCCAGGACUCCAUGGAGGCAGCCAGAGAAGGAAGCAGCCAAAACCAAGCUCAGCUCCAGUGCGACCAAUGACAUGGAGGGCACCUCUUGGUACUCUAAAGUCUGGAUGGAUAACACGAAAAGAUGGAUUCACAUCCAUUCUUUUUCAUCCCAUUCUAAAUCCAUUCAUCAGUUUCAACAAUUGAUAAGAAAAGACCAAAACAAAUGUUUACAUUUUUUAAAAUAAGGAUCUAUUUAAAAAAUAUUUUUUAGGCCAUCUCCACGCAACCCAAAAUAGAUUUUUUUCAACCCGUAAACUGUUCUGAAAAUGUUUCGUUAGAAUUACCAAAUAACGAAUUGCAAGAAUCGUGUUGAAUCGAGAAUCAGUUGUCUGAAUCAAAUCGUCACCUCAGGAAUCGGAUCGAGUCACACCCCGAAAGACACAACAUGUUUGCGUUGUCUAUUUUCCUAGUUCUGUACAUCUUCAUCCAGUGCAGGGGUGUCCAGAGUGCGGCCCGCAGCUCGAGUUUUGUUGGCCUGCAACAUCCAUCCAUUUUCUACCGCUUGUCCCUUUUGGGGUCGCAGGGGGUGCUGGAACCUAUCUCAGCUGCAUUCGGGCGGAAGGCGACCCAACACAGAUAGACAACAUUCACACACUAGGGACCAUUUAGUGUUGCCAUGUCGAAGAAAAAAAAAAAAAGAAGUUCUGUAUUUUCUGGACUAUAUAGCGCACCGGUAUACAAGUCGCACCCACUAAAUUUUAGAAUAAACAUUUUCCCCAUACAUUAAACGCACUGCAUUAUAAGCCGCAGAUAUAUACGUUGUGAAAUGAGUUAAUUACACAGAAAUAUUUUGUAAAUGUUUAUUUACAUACCUUAAUUGUUUCCAAACGGUGUCUGUAACCCGGCAGUGAAACGGCUGAUCAAACAAAACAGAAGUCAUCGUCAUGGACCCACUAACUGCACAAGCUAACUCUCCGAUCAACUGAAACAAUACAAAAACAAUGCCAUUGUUAGUUAAUAAUAUUAACACAGACACUUGUAAACGUGUUAGCGUAUUAGCUAAUGCUAAUGACGCUAGCUUCAUUACAUUACAGAGCACGUACAGAUAUGCAUGAAAACAACACUGCUACAGACAUCACACAUGGGACAGUUUAAUAAGCAAGACUUGUUUUAGUUAUAUUGUAAAACUUACAAAAGUUGCUUAGAGCGAUGAAUGAAGAAUCCAUACGAGUAGAACCGCUAUGGACGGCUGGAAGACAUAAUGGCACUUCUACUUCCGGUUGAAAGCACCAAAUGGAAGGACACUGCAGCACCUGUAGUGAGCAAACUCGCCCAUUAUUAUUUGCAUUAUGACUGUCAGUGAAGAAAAAUCCAUAAUUUAACCGCAUCGUUUUAUAAGCCGCAUAGUUCAAAGCUUGGGAAAAAAGUAGCGACUUGUAGUACGUUAUUUACGGUGGCGUAUGAGAAAACCUGACAUCUUCGACUUUGCCAUCUAUAACACAAAUCUAAAAGCCAAGUUGUAUCGUUAAACGCUAACUAAUAGGGGUGUGAAUUUUUUACCACCUAACGAUUCGAUUUGAUCCGAUUCCUGGGGUGACGAGUAUCGAUUCAACAUGAUUCUCUAUCCAAAUCGAUACUUGCUACGUAUAAUUCGCUGUAAUAAUUCUAAUUAAACUUUUUCAAAACAGGUUGCAGGUUAGAAAAGCUCUUUCUGGUUGCUUGGAAAUGGCCUCAAAACGCCAUUUUAGAAAUUGUUUCUUAUAAAAAAAAUGUUGGGUUUUUUUAAUCAAUUUUUGAACAUUAUGAAUCGAUUUACAAUCGGGGUGAAAAUAAGAAUCUGAGAUUAAUCAAAUUUUUUGUGCACCUCUAAUGUAUAGCGUCUAUUUUUAGUAUUUGUAUUUGUCAAAAUAAAAGAAUAUAUGUUGUAAUCUAACAGGAGUGUUGUUAUUAAAUACACUAGUCAAAGAUCAUCUAUAUAACAGGAGUAUGGACAAGCGGUAGAAAAUGGAUGGUUUUGUUAUUAAAUACACUAGUCAAAGAUCCCCUAUAUGUCAAGAGUGUUGGUAUUAAAUACACUAGUCAAAGAUCCUCUAUACAACAGGAGUGUUGUGUUAUUAAAUACACUAGUCAAAGAUCCUCUAUAUAACAUGUGUUAUUCAAUACACUAGUCAAAUAUCCUCUACAAGAUAGGAUAUAUUUGCUGUUGGACUAUUCUACUUUUUUUUUAAAGUGCUUCGGCACAUUCUAAAAAAUACUAUUAAAAACAUAAAAAGUGGAAUAAAAGAGCAAACAGGUAAAAUGUAAGAAUAAAAAGUUGCAAUGUUGAAUUUAUUAACAAAGCUGCCAUGUCGGCUGUUUUUUUCUUUAAAACUGUCACUGCUCAAAAAGAUCCUCUAUAUAACAGGAGUGUUGUUAUCAAAUACACUAGUCAAAGAACCUCUAUAUAACAGGAUUGUUGUUAUUAAAUACACUAGUCAAAGAUCCUCCAUAUAACAGGAGUGUUGUUAUUAAAUACACUAGUCAAAG